AUGUCACCACCAAGCAAGCAAGCAGUAGCCGAAGAUACCUCGGCGGCUUCAACUAAAUUAUCGGACAAAGUCACCAAUUCUACACAAGAUUCAAUCUUGAAAUAUACAGAUAUUAGUGAUAUACCGAAAGGCGUUGAAAAGUUGAGAGAAUCAUUCUUCAACAAGCAAAAAACCUUGUCAAUCCAGUACAGAUUAAACCAGUUGAGAAAUGUUUAUUUUAUUAUAAAAGAUAAUGUUGAUGAAAUUUGUGCAGCUUUGGAGAAAGAUUUCCAUAGAAGUGUAUCUGAGACUAAGUUGUUGGAAAUCCAUUGUGCAUUGAGUGAAUUGGUACACACAAUGGCAAAUAUACAUAAAUGGGCAAAGAAGGAGCCUGUAACUGAUGUACCGGUGGCUAUGAAAACUUCACCAAUUUAUAUCGAGAAAUGUCCUUUGGGUGUUGUGUUAAUUAUUUCGCCAUUCAAUUACCCAUUUUUGCUUUCGCUUAAUGCUAUUACUGGAGCCCUUGGAGCUGGUAAUGCAGUUGUAUUCAAACCCAGUGAAGCAACGCCUCAUUUCUCUCAACUUUUCUGCGACUUGCUCAGUGAAGUGUUAGAUGAUGAUAUUUUCUUUGCAGUCAAUGGAGCAGUGCCUGAAACUACUGCUCUCUUGGAUCAGAAAUUCGACAAGAUCAUGUAUACCGGUAAUAAUUUUGUGGGAACUAUUGUUGCUAAGAAAGCUGCUGAGACCUUGACUCCAGUUAUUUUGGAAUUGGGUGGUAAAUCACCCACAUUUGUAUUAGAUGAUGUUCUGGACAAAGACAUUCCGGUCAUUGCCAGAAGAAUUGUUUGGGGUAGAUUUACUAAUGGUGGCCAAACUUGUGUUGCCGUGGAUUAUGUCUUAGCUCAUCAGUCAAUCAAGGAUAAGUUGGUGAAAGAAAUAGUUAAAGUGAUAAAUGAAGAGUUCUAUCCCAAAUUGACUGCGUCGAGUCCGGAUUAUACGCAUUUAAUUCAUGACAAAGCAUUUUCCAACAUCAAAUCUAUUAUUCAAAAAUCAAAAGGAAAGUUGGUCACUGGAGGACAGAGCGAUAGUGCUACUAACUUUGUUGCUCCCACUGUUUUCGAUGACGUUGAUUGGAGUGAUGCAACGAUGCAACAAGAAAUUUUUGGUCCAGUUUUACCCAUUUUAACUUAUACCGAUUUGAAAACGGCAAUUAAAAAUGUGGUAAGAUACCAUGAUACUCCUUUGGCUCAGUAUAUUUUUACAAGUGGCUCGACCAAGAGAGAAAAUAAUAAACAAAUCAAUGCAAUCUUAUCAUCCAUCAGAUCAGGCAGUACUGUCAUUAAUGAUGUCGUAGUACAGGCAGCGUUAUCGGGCGCUCCAUUCGGUGGAGUUGGUAAUUCUGGAUAUGGUGCAUAUCAUGGUGUUAUCUCCUUCCGUGCUUUCUCUCAUGAAAGGACUACUAUGGAACAGAAGUUGUGGAACGACUUCGCAUUGGCUUCGAGAUACCCUCCAUACAAUGCUAAGAAAGACAGAUUACUUGAAUCUUCUUUGACUGAACACAAUGAUAAAGUCUGGUUUGGUAGAAGUGGGAACGUGAAAGUAAAGGGGCCGGGUUUCUUCUUCAAUCUUUGGACGGGAAUUGCUGGAGUAGCUACUCUUGGCUACUAUUUUGCUACCUCUUAG